CUCAUUCAACGCCCACUGCCCAGCAACCUAAAUUCUACCAUCUGGCAACAUAUUCCAGCAGUGGACUGGAACUCGUCAACGAAAGUAGCGAGCUCCCAGCCAAACUCGUCAUAGUAUAUCGUGUAUCCGCCUAUAGUCUGAAAUGUGGACCUGCAGGAAAUCAUAUUGCCAAUGGCAUGAGCCCUCUAGAAAAAACCAAAUAUCAGUUCCAUAUCUCUCGACCCGCCCAUCCUGAUCUUGCAAUGGACUACCAAGCAAUCACCACCCUGGAGACCAAGUCGCCACCACAGAAUGAUAUAUGAGUAUGAUUGUCGAUGACGUUACAGGGAGAAUGGUACGUUCUGUAAGGAACAUAUUCACCUUAAGGGAUAACGCCGUACCUGACUCCCCUCAUGGACCAGCUGUCGAAGAAGCUUCGCAGAUGGACUACGAAACGGCAAACUGGCCCAUCCCGGACGAAUUUGCACUGCACGUCGAUAGCAUCAAAUUCAAUCUCCAAGCAACACCCCUCCCUGUCUUCUAUGAAGGCAACCUUAUUCAACCCAUCCACACCAAUACUGUUCUCAAUGGUUGCAUCGUGGAGAUUGAGUUCACCGUGCGUCGUUGGAAAAUCCAAGAUCAUGAUACUUUCCAAGCAACCGCAGAAAACGUAACCACUCUGAGGCUCGGUGCGGUCCACCACAAUACUAACUACAAACCCCGCACGUCAACGACGACAACGAUGGGCCGGAAGAUAAACAAAAUUCCCGAGAGACUGACGCGAGUGGUUCGAAAGCCUAAAAAGAGGUGCAGUGCCUUCUACUGCACUCAUAAUUGUACUUGUAUCUCGAAGCGUGUCGUAUUUCCUAUUUUUCUAGCGUGUUUUUUUAGGACUGCAGCAGUAUUCGACAGCCUUGUAUUCCGGAAUAAAAUUGGGGAUGAGAAAAUUUGGCUGAAGCACGAGAGUCGCUGAGCCUGGAGAAAGGUAAAUAGUCGGCAACGGCCCCCUUGGUAGUUAAUAAUGGUUCCGCAUUCGACGGAUGCCCG